GGAGCGCGCAGCAUGGCGAUCGGCGGUGCGCUGUGUCCCUCGGACACAGCAGAUCACCAAUCACGGAAAGAGCCAAAGAUGUUGGCUCAUCAUGUGAUCAGCUGUGUCCAAUCACAGCUGAUCACAUCACUGAUGAUCUGUGUGCCCUGAUGAUCAGUGUAGCCCCAGCAGCGCCACCUGUCAGUGUCCAUCAGUCCCUUGUGUCAGUGCUCAUCAGUGCCUUGUGCCAGUGCCUAUCAGUGCCACAUCAAUGCCACAUAUCAGUGCCUACCAGUGCACAUCAAUGCCACAUAUCAGUGCCCAUCUGAGCUGCCUUUCAGUGUCACCCAUCAGUGCCAGUCAGUGCCACCUAUCAAUGCCAAUCAGUGCCACCUAUCAGUGCUGCCAAUCAGUGCCAGUCAGCACCGCCUAUCAGUGCCAUCAGUGCCAGUCAGUGCCGCCUAUCAGUGCCAGUCAGUGCCGCCUAUCAGUGCUGCCUAUCAGUGCCAUAUAUCAGUGCCAUGUAUCAGUG